UACAAACUAAAAGAAAGAAAGAAAGAAAAAAAGAAAAAAAACAAAUAAUGGUGGGUGGAAGUGUUAACCUUCCUCCAGGGUUUUGCUUCUGUCCAACAGAUGAAGAACUUGUACUUCACUUUCUCUAUUCCAAAACUUCUCUACCAACCCAUCCCAACAUCAUACCUGAUCUUGACAUGUCUCUGCUUGAUCCUUGGGAAUUAAAUGGUAAAGCAUUGUCAAGUGGAAAUCAACACUAUUUCUUCACCGAAGUGAAGGAAAACAGAUCCACAAAAAUUGGAUAUUGGAAGGAAAUAGGAGUCGCCGAAACUAUUGUCUCAGCCGGUGAUAAGAAAGUGGGAAUCAAGAAGUACCUCGUGUUCAACCUCGGGGAAUCUCCACGUGGCACUGAAACAAGUUGGGUAAUGCAAGAAUAUCAUAUUUGCUCAUCUGGGUUUAACACUGCAUCUUAUGGAAGUUCUCGAAGAGGACAAAAACCUGAUGAAAGUAGGAGCAAAUGGGUUUUAUGCAGAGUCUAUGAGAAGAAGAUGUCACAAUCUGAACAAGGUGCAGAGUGUUAUAGCGAUGAUGACGACAGUGGAACAGAGAUUUCAUGGCUAGACGAAGUUUAUAUGUCGUUAGAUGAUGAUCUUGAAGAAAUAUAUAAGCCUGCAAAAUUAAAUUAAAUAUAUAUUAGGAUCUUGUAUACAAUUUCUCAAUUACAUGUAUUUUGACUGGUAGAUUAAUUAAGGAGUCUAUAGUUAGUUACAUGCAGGAGAACAAAGAUGAGUACCAUUUUAAGUAAUGACUUUUCGGUUGACGUCCUUAUAUGUACGUACACCAUAUAUAUACAU